AUGUCAGCUGGACUUCCAUCGUCUCUAACAUUUGGGGAAGAAGAGUACGUAAAACCACCACUACAUCGCUAUUCCACUAUUCGAUACCCCCUCCAAAAUCUCAGGCGACUCGGGGUCUGAGCUUUGGGGUCUGGAGGCUCCACCCCAUUUGCCAUACUAACUUCCACUUAGAGAACCCGACGUGCUCCAGAAAAUGUGGGCAAAAUCAAAACAGCAACCACUAGUGCCACUAGGAUCGCUCCUUACAGCAGGAGCCGUGCUCUUGGCCGCCAGAUCAAUGAAGCGCGGCGAAAAGAUCAAGACUCAAAGGUACUUCAGGUACCGUAUUGCCUUCCAAUUCGCCACCUUGGUUGCGUUAGUCAUUGGCGGUGUAACGUUGGGAAGCACAAGUUUGGAACAACAAAAGACCAAGGAGGACAAGAUGAGGGAAAAAGCCAAGUUGAGAGAAAAAUUGUGGGUCGAAGAGUUGGAGCGACGCGAUAGCAUUAUCCAGGCUCGUAAGCAGCGAGUCGAGGAGAGUCGAAGGGAGUUGAGAAAUUUGGCUCAUCUGGGGUUCGAUGCGGAACGGAAAGAGCCACUGGAGGAAGGUCAAGAUGGAGCCAAAGCAGACAAGAAAGAUUAG